AUGUCCUCAGUGGCGGAUCCAGAAGCUAUCAUUAAUGCGUUCGUCAAAACCAUACGUCCAGCUUUCAUUUCUACCGUGGUACAUGCUGCUUUCUCUGCCUCUUUGUUUGCCCUCUUUGUUGUCCUUCUUGCACUCUCCACCAAGGAGUCUCGAUGCUGUGUGGUGUUCCCACUGAAUGUAUUUGCUAUCUGCAUCGUCCUAAAAAUGGGCGUAUUACUUGGCUUCAGCGAAGGGAAGGUCGCAGUAGGUCGGCCCUAUUGGCUAUCGCCAAAUAUCCCCCUUGCUGGACUUGCUUUCACCCUCUUCCCACCAUUACUAUGCGACUCGAUAUUGUUAAUUCGCCUCUUUGCACUGUAUCCGCUUUCCAGUACACGCCCGGCCACUCUAUUGAAGAUCUUUGCAUUCCCAUUCUGCAUCAAAUGCGCCCGAGUAGUAAUUCUUACUCUUUUCUUUAACAAAUAUGUUGGUUCUGCGACGACUGCAGAAGGUCUCGCCCAGAGUGAAGACAGCACCUGGUUUUGUAACCCUUAUAUGGUCGCAGAAUGGACGAUGCAAAUAGUGGACACAUCAGGAAAAUAA